UCUUCCCUGAAACUUCUGUGCCGAUUUUCAAAAUAAUUUCACAGCAAUGUACCCUUUACCAAAUUCCUUUCGUUAAAAAUAGCUGCUAGGCAUGGCAAUGUGGAAACUUUAAAAUGACGGAAAAGAUGUAAAUUUUCUCAGAGGAUUUACCGCUUGUCGUCAGUGUUUCAAAGAUGCAAAAUGACCCCGCAUGGGAGCAUAGUGACCACAACAAUGUGCAGUUAGAGAAUCUGCAAAAACAUACGGUGCUGAUUCCCCAAAAAUCUGUUUCCACUUACGAGAGCGCCCAGACAGACGGAUCUAAGCGUUCUACGGAAGAAGAGGAAUUGCGGUCACUUUCAACAACACCACGCUAUUCACACGAAGACCUAGGAAGAAUAGUCUCCCCGCCUCACUCCUCUGAGUUCUCGUCUGGUGAAGCAGACGAACACUUUGACGAUACGAUUUCAACGCAGCAAGUUCACCUCAAAUCUAGAACAACCCAGUACACCCAUCCACACACACAGCUAGUGUCUGACAGAGAUUCUCUACUGUCGUACAAAACAGAUAAAACACAGUCCAACGCCGUGUCGGAGAAAGCGUGGGCAAACCAGUCUAACGUCGUCUCGGAGAAAGCGUGGGCAAACCAGUCUAACGUCGUGUCGGAGAAAGCGUGGGCAAACCAGUCUAACGUCGUGUCGGAGAAAGCGUGGGCAAACCAGUCUAACGUCGUGUCGGAGAAAGCGUGGGUAAACCAGUCUAACGUCGUCUCGGAGAAAGCGUGGGCAAACCAGUCUAACGUCGCCUCGGAGAAAGCGUGGGCAAAAUCAGCGGAACAGCCUUACAAGACAACGUUUGCUUUCCCUGAGAAAGAGACAUCUACUUCAGGACAGGGGCGGCAUAUCAAAGAAUUGCCACGUAACACUCAGGCGUCAUCAACGGUGACAGCACCGGAACUGCCGUCUUUAAAGGUACGAAAGGAAUAUCAACACAAACCGAAUCAUACAGACCACGACUUUAAGAAGCCAAAUAAAUUACCAGGAGUAACCGGGUACAAUCAACUCCCUGUUUCGGUGCGGACCGACUACAGAAGACUUCGAGCCGCAGAGUUGAUGCAAAUGUCAAAUACUGAUGCUAACCUUACUGAUAUAAUUAUGGAUGCUGAAAACAUGCAGAGAGAUCUAGCAAAUGAACAUGACCAUAGGAGGCUGUUGGAGAACCAGCUACAGGAUAUCGACGAAGAAAGAAAGGAACUCAACACAAAACUGGCCACUCUAAGAGUCAAACUUGGGGUUGCGAACUCGAACUUCAAUGUGAGUAAGAACGAAUGUGACAAGAUGAGGAAAAAGUAUCAGGAGACACAGAUACAGAAGGCACGUUUGGAAGAGCGGAUUGAAACAGGCACCAAGGAAUUAGAGAAACUGAAAGACCCGAACAACCCGGACAGUAAUGUCAACUUGAAGAAGGUUGUCCUUAAUGACAGAAAAGAAAUACGUCGGUUGCGGACGGAACUGGAAGGUGUCCGAUCGGAGAGGUCGGAGGUACAAAAACAGAUUCAAGACAAAGACGAAAAAAUCAAAAUGCUCAAUAUCUAUAUUGGAGAGGCCAAAGACAAACUUGAUGAGUGUCACAGAGAUUAUGAAAUAGCACAGAUAAGUGUUACAGGAGAAAAAAAGAAACGUGAGGAAGUUGAAGAGAAAUACAACGAAUUGAUGAAAGACAAGAAGGCGUUUGAUGAGAAAAUGGAUGCGAUAAAUGAGCAACUGGAUAUAGCAAUAUCCGGAACUAGUGGCAUACAGAAACAUACAGAAAAAUACAGAGACAAUGAACAGGUUCUCGUUGAUAAGAUCGAUGUUGUAGAAAAGAAACUUAGGGACGCGCUCACAGCUAUAGAACAGCAGAAGAACCGGAACAUGCCGUUUAGAACUGCAACAUCCAUAAAACACCAUCAGUACAGGAUGACAACUUCCGGUUGGGUGACGGACACUACACCGCACGUUAUUGUCACGACGACCGCUAACGGAAGCAUCGCAUCCUCAGGAUUUCUCGGAAAGACAGUUGUUUCAACAAAACCUGCGAAAUCUCUACCUGCCGGGAAAGCGAUGUCCAAAACAACUCCAAGAAGCCAAGGCGGCUCCCUACCAUCUAAAAGAUGACAGACUUCCAUAUUCUGGCUACACUUAUUUAUAGACUGACUACAGCUUAAGAACAUCUAUACUUCGGUCUUUGAGUAGUGGACAAAGUUCAUGGACCGAAUAUUUAUCUUUCUGUUAUGUGACUUGUUUAAAAGAAAUAUAUUAUACAAAUAAAAUGGACACGCGUUUCCCUCCUCCACCCCCCAACCUACCCUCGACAAAACAAGGCCGGAUUUAUCUGCGCCUGGCUGUGCUUUUUUUUUGGAUGGGGUACAGUAAAUUAAAAACAAAAGCAAACAGUGAAAACUGUAACUUAUUUCCCAGCCUGUUAGUCAGUUUAUGAGUUAAAUAUUAUACCAUUAUUUUCAUCAAAUUGAG